CGGCAAAGGAGGAGAGGCGAGGAGAGAAUGGAUUAAAAAAAAACUGCUUAAUGGAUUAAAAAAAACUGCCAAUAGCCGAAUCUGAGAGACUGCCCACACCGUGCACGCUUCUUCCUCGCGCCGCGCCGCCGCCGCCGCCACCACCACCACCACCAUACUCCUCUGGUCUCUCUGCAUCCAGUCCAAAUCGAAUCCGCCCGCUCAAAAAUCACCCAGUCUCUUGAUUCUGCAGCUGUGUAAGUGCUGCGAGGGAGCAUGAGCAUGGCCUUCUCGUGCGCGAGCGUUCGCCUGCACGGCCGCGUCGGCACCGUCAAGUGCCGGGCCGUUCUAGCUAGGCCGAGCGGCUGUUCGUACCCGACUGGAAGGAGGCGGAUCGCUAGAGGAAUCCGUUGCCAGCUGCCGCCGCAGGCCAGUGCGGAUGGGAGCGCAGCCACCACCUCCGGCGCAGCUGUGGUCGCCCGAGAGGCGGGGAAGGUUGCUGGUUCUGCCGAGGACGUCGGCGCGGUUACCCAGCCGACUGCGCUUCAAGAGAAGGGCGCGGAGGUUGCUGACGUUAGUGGAUCGGGUGGGAAUGGGAAGUUCCGGCCUGGUGGCGGCGGUGGUGGAGGUGGGGAUAGUGGUGGGGGUGGCGAUGGUGGGGAUGGCCACAAUGAGGGGGAUGAUGAGUUUGGGCCGAUCCUUAGCUUCGAACAGGUAGUCCAGGAGGUGGAGAAGCAAGGGGUUAGCUUGUCCAGCUUGCCAGCCGAUAUGAUCGAGGCGGCGAAGAGCAUCGGGGUUCAGAAGCUGCUGCUGCUGAGAUACUUGGACAUGCAGGCCUCAGCUUGGCCCUUGGGUCCUGCCAUUAGAUCCUGUGGGCUUCUCCGGAAUAGGAUGCUGGUUGAUCCUGUGUUCCUCUUCAAAAUUGGGACGGAGAUAGUUAUUGACACAUGUUGCGCGACUUUUGCGGAGGUUCAGAAGAGGGGCGAUGAGUUCUGGUCAGAAUUCGAGUUGUAUGCAGCAGAUAUGUUGGUAGGCGUAGUUGUUAAUGUUGCUUUAGUUGGCAUGUUAGCACCAUAUGCUCGAUUCCGUGGGGGGUCUGCAUCAGCAGGUAUUCUUGGGCGUGUUAGGCAUGCUUAUGAUGCUCUCCCGAGCAGUGUUUUUGAAGCUGAAAGGCCAGGAUACAGUUUUUCCAUUCGACAACGGCUCGGAUCAUACCUUCUCAAGGGACUUUUAUAUGGUGCAGUUGGAUUUUCUUGUGGUCUUGUUGGCCAAGGCAUUGCAAACUUGAUAAUGACUGCAAAGCGGAGUGUGAAGAAGUCAGAGAAUGAUGUACCUGUUCCACCUCUUCUGAAAACUUCUGCUUUGUGGGGCCAUGUCUCAUGUAGCGCCGGUUCGAAGAGAAAAGGCUGAUUUACCAAUGGUUGAGCUUUCUCUCCAAUGUAUAGAUGUGCUAUUCAACCAACGAUGGGACCUACAACAAAAAUAAACAAUUUUCUGUUUCCUGCUAGUGCGAACUGUUUUGCAUGGCCAUCGUGAUCCUCUGGUCAGGUUUUUGUACCUUGUCACACAAACAUUAUUUAAAUAGAUAAGAACCGAACCAACUUCUUGGUUCACUUUGUACUUCUAACACAUUGGGUCUGUUAGGAAAUACUCCCUCCCUCCAAAAAUAAGUGUCUUAACUUUGUACUAGCUUCAGUAUAAAAUGUACUAAGCUUAAGACACUUAUUUUGGGAUGGAGUAUGAACUUGUAUUUUCAGGUGGCCAUAGACCAGUAUAUAUAUACAUGUACAUGUGUGGUACAAUAUGCAGAAAACCCCCUAUAGAACGGGGAAAAUAAAAAGUGGUACAUGGAUAAAUAUAUACGACUCUAAGACCACCCCCUCUCAAACUCAUGGUGGAUCAACAACACUGAGUUCGGAGAGAUAGAAGCCGUGCUGUGCUGUAAUCUGGGCCUUUGUAAAGAAAUCCGCCAACUGUAACUCAGAAGACGCAUAGUGAAGAGCAAUAAUAUGAUCCUGCACACUAGCACGCACAAAAGAAGCAUCAACACCAAUAUGUUUGGUGAGCUCAUGCUUCACAGGGUCGUGUGCAAUACUUAUAACACAUGUACACAAUAGCAUAGUAGGUGUAGUGACACAAACACCAAACUCCUGAAGUAACCACCAUAACCAAGUCACCUUUCCAGUCAAAAGAGCCAUAGCUCAUAAUCCAGCCUCUGCACUUGAACGAAACACUGCAGUUUGUUUCUUCAUCUUCCACGUAAUGAGAGAGCCACCAAGAAAAACACAGUAAACAGAAAGUGAAUGGUGAUCCGAGGGAUCACUGUCCCACGUAGCAUCCGAAUAGGCUUGAAGCUGUAAUGGACUGGAACGAGGAAAAAACAGAUGGUGAGAGAUCGUGCCAUGAAGAUAUCGGAGAACACGAAGAAGGUGACUAUAGUGAACCGAAGUGGAAGCAGAGACAAACUGACUCGAAAUAUGUACAUGAUAGAUAUCCGGACGAGUGACAACUAGAUAGAUAAGACUCCCAACAAAUUAUGAUAACGCGUCAGAUCAGACAAGGGGUCAUCGUCAGUAGCAUGGAGGUGAACAUCAUUAAGAACAACACAAACAAGAAGAUCCUGGAUAUACUUCUCUUUGGAAAUAAAAAAAGCCAUCAGAUGUCGAAGAGGCCUCAAUCCCAAGAAAGUAGUGAAGAGGGCCUAGAUCAGACAUAAGAAACUGCCCACUAAGACGUGCCUUCACAAAGGCAAUGUACUCAGGACAUGUCAUCAGCAUAUAAAAAAGAGUCCGACCAUGAGUAGGAAGGGGGACAAACAACGCGGGAACAUGAGCACUUGCUGAAAAACCAGCGGUAGUCACCAUAGAGGCAAAACGCUGAAACCAGGCGCGAGGUGCUUGCUUAAGGCCGUAAGAGAGCGACGAAGAUGACGGACCAUGUCGUCAGGAACAAAAUACCAAAGUGGUGGCUACAUGUAAACCUCCUCACACAACUCACUACGAAGAAAGGCAUUCUUAACAUCAAGCUGAGACAGACUAGUGGCGAACAGAGGCCACGACAAGAAGUGUGCUUAUAGUGGUCAAAUGGCCACAUAAGAAAGGCAUUCUUAACAUCAAGCUGAGACAGACUAGUGGUGAACAGAGGCCACAACAAGUGUGCUAAUAGUGAUCACAUGGCCACAUGAGCAAAAGUCUCAUCGUAAUCACAACCAUGCUCCUGCUGAAAGCUCGAGCCACAAGAUGAGCUUUUGUAGUGCUCAAGAGAACCAUAUGAGUGAGUCUUAACCUUGUAGACCCACUUAAAAGUGUUGGCACAUGGAGGAGGAGAAACAAGAUCCCACGUGUUGGUGCGCUCAAGAGCAACAAGCUCUCCUGCCAUCGCAAGUUGCCGUUCGGGAUGAACAACAAACAUCAUGAUAAGAAGUCGGCUCAAGAACAGCAACGCCGGUGUUUGAAAAACCAAGGCGAUCAACAGACUGAAUCAGAUGAGGAUGCAAGCCAUAAGUAGGCUAAGACAAGGAAGAUGACACAUCAGAAGUAGAGGGCGCAUCAGUAGACGCAUCCACAAUACGUGGACUACGAGUAUAAGAGUGAGGAAAAGAUGGAAGAAAAGGAGGAAUCACCGGGAUAAACUCAGGUGAUGGAGAUGGGGAAGCUACUCGUGAUGAAGGUGCAGGAUCUUGUGAUAAGUGAGGUGAGGAAACCAUAGGAGAUGGUGUCGGAUCUGCAAUAGUUGGAGAAGUAGGAGCAGUAGGGCGGAUGGACAAAGGGCUCAACAAGAGUGAUAGGAGUGUCAGGAAAAGUGAGAAAAGAGAUAUCCUCCACUAGAAAGGCUGAUGAAGAUGGACGCGGGUAGAAGGGAUGAGACUCAUCAGAAGUUACAUCCUGACAAAUACGCAUCCGACGACUGAUAGGAUCCGAACAACGAUAGCCCUUAUGCUCAUCACUGUACCGUAAGAAGACCACUUGACAAAUCGAGGGUCAGUUUGGUGUGGUUUGUUCACGAGGGGCAAGAAGAACAUAGCAAACACAACCAAACAGACGAAGCGCUGAUUAAUCAAGAGAACUAAGAAAAAGACGCACGAAAGCAACGCCUCCCUGCAGAACAUAACAGUGGAUGGCUGAAGGUUGAUGAGAUAGGUGGAUACAACCUCGGCUCAAAAGGGAGGUGGAAGAGAGGUGACGAUCAUCAACGCAUGAGCCAUCUCAAGAAAGUGACGAUGCUUGCGCUCAACCACGCCAUUCUUAGCAUGAGCACCAAGACAAGAGAACCGAGCAAGAGUGCCCUGCUCAGCAAGAACUCCAACGUCUUGCAGGUAUACUCUCUAGCAGAGUCAACACGGAACACCCGAAUAGGCGUAGAGGACUUAGUGUGAACCAUGGUAGCAAAGCGCUUAUAUAGUAGAUAAGACCUCACUACGAGAAGACAUAAAUUAUAUCCGUUAUGUUGAGAGAAAUCAUAUAUAAAGAUAAUAUUAGUAGCGAUGAUCUCCUUUCGAGGCAAAGGGAGCUUGACCCUAGACAUCAAAGUGAACAAGGUCGAAAGGACGCUGAGACACAGUCUCGCUAUGAGGAUAAGUAACUGUAUCUGUUUACCGAGCCGACAAACAGUCUAAGGGCACACGGCCGGGGGCUGAUCCAAGAAGACCAUGCCUAACUAAGAAUGAGAGACGAGAGCCACACAAGUGACCAAGGCGAUGAUGCCACUGCUGAAAAGAGCUGUAGACAAGGCAACAGAGGCGGAGAGACUGGCGAUGGUGGCAACAGAGGAAGGUGAAACCAGUCAUGCUUCCACACGCCCUGGAAGUCACGGAGCCGGGGGACGUACCUGCUUCUAUAGAGGGUGGUCCUCACAAUGCCAGAAGUGUCGGUAGCAAAACCAGUAGAACCUGUCCUUGGAGAACCAUAGGAUGCAGGUACCAGGUAUCAAAGUUAUGUAAUCUCCUGCUCAAUAUGGGGCUCAAGUAAAGACGGCGACGUAGAUGCACCCGACAGUGGAGAACCAGAGACAAUCACCAAAUCGUGAAGGCACGCAAUCUCUUGAUCAGUGAAGGACAUAACUGAAGUAGUUGACCUAGGCAUCACGUGAAGAGGAGCGACCACCACCACCUGUGGAAGCUGCUAGAAGAGGCAACUGCUAGAGGAGGUGGUGUUGUAUGACAAGUAUUGUCUGCAGAAGUUGAUGAAGGAGACGAUGUCACAUGUAGACAAGUACCAAGCACCAAGGGAAGGUGUCGAAGCGUAGUCAAUGGAGCCGUAUGAACCAACACUGCCAGUAAAAGUCACGGGAGGAGUCGGUGUAGAGCGACAGCACCAUGCGCAGAGGUCACGAGAGGAGUCGUAGAAGAGAGACCAUGACGACCGCCUGUAGAAGUCGGUGUAGAACGACCAACAAAAUUUGCAAAAGACGUCGAAGGGGACGACGUCACAGGCAGACAAGCACCAAGCACUGAGAGACAACACAUGUGUGAGACAGGAGCAGUGUAGGGAACACCGUCAAAAAUCAGCGGGCAGCAAGGGAGAUGUGUAUCCGACGAAAACAUCUUGCCCGUUUUUCUUUUCUAGUGGUCAACCCAGCGGAAUCAACCUCAGAGAAGUUCUAUCCCACCACGACGUGGGCUGCUCGGGGAAGAGUCUCAAGAACGAUGGCCGGUUGGUGCUACAGCAGACAGCGCAUCCACAGAGAGCUGUAGGGAAGCCACACAAGAGAUAGGGCAGUGAGCUGGCUGGCUGGAGAGAGCCGUGCUAUAGCAGGCAGCGCAGCCACACGAGAGACGGGAUUCGGCGUCUCACGGCCCGGAUAGAUGGUUGUUGACUUGCAGGAAACGUAGGGUGGUUGGCGACCUGGAGCUCGUAGGAACCAGUGGAUCGGGCGUGGACGGGCGGGCGGUAGUGGGAGCACACGGGGCCAGCAACCUGGGUCGGCGUUGACCCAAAAGAACAAUAGAUGGGCAGGCGGUUGCACGAGGGAGCACGCAGGGCCUAGCAACCUUGGUCGGUGUUGACCCAGAAGAACAAUAGCUGCAACACGUUGUAGAAGAUGCAGGCAUGUGUGGACAGGGGAGGCAACAACUACCAGCCAGAGAAGUGCGGUAGCGCGAGCAGCGUCAGACCAAAAGGAGGAAGGCGACGACGCGAGAUUGGAUAGACAGGAGCAUGAGUUGUGCAUGCGAAAAAAAUUCCCGUGCCUCUAAUACCAUGUUAGGAAAUAUGCAACUUGUAUUUCAAGGUGGCCAUAGGCCAGUAUAUAUACACGUACAUGGGCGGUACAAUAUGCGGGGAAAAUACAAAGUGGUACACGACUAAAUAUAUACAACUCUAACAAGAUUGGCACGCUCCAUUGUAUGGAACCAAUUCUCGUCUUCGGAUCGCUUUUUCCUCACACUAGAGAUGGCCUUAACCCCCUGAAAAUUAAAAUCGGAUACCCUAUCUUAAGGAAUAUUACUGUAGGAUCUAAGUAUAUCGACCAGAGGAGGGUGAAUGGGACAUUCAAUUUUUCUUUCGAAGAAAUCUCUCAGCACAGCACAACAGAAAAACUUAAACAGAUACAGUUCUACUGAAGGUAAACUACUGAAAUAAAUGAUUACGAGGGAUAACUAAGAUACUCCAUCCGAACUAAAGCCACGACACUUAUUUUUGGGACGGAGGGAGUAGACUACUGUGAGAUAGUCAUGAGAA